GAGAAAACCCUUUUGCCUGUUGAUUUAUGGAAACAAUUAUGAUUCUGCUGGAGGAUUUCUCAGCUGAGAAAUAGUUUGUAGCUACAGCAGAGAGGCUCAAGUUGCACGAGGCAGGCAGCAGACACGGACCUCUUGUGUACCCAGCUGUUCUAAACAGAACAAAAGUCAAGGAGCACACGGCAGUACAGCAACUGGCCUUGCUGCAAAAGCCGUGUGUAUAAGGAUUCAUCUCUCAGCUGUGUUACUGAAGGAGGAAUCCUGCUAUUGGUAUCCGAAGCUAAGAGAUAAACUUAAGAGUCUGGAAAGAGCGACCACCUUUUCUCACAGCAAUCUCCAGUGCCCAGACAGGAGGAGGCCCAUGACCUAGGAGUGGCAGUCAGCCCAGGAUUCGGUUCUCAUUAUGUUAUUCAUGAACACCCGGAGCACUACACUAUAAUGCGCAAAUGGAUACUGACAUGGAUCCUGCCACCUCUGCUCUACAGGUCCUGCCUCCACCUUGUCUGUCUAGUGGGCACUAUGUCUUUAGCAUGCAAUGACAUGACUCCAGAGCAAACGGCCGCGAAUGGCAACUGUUCGAGCCCCGAGCGACACACACGGAGUUAUGAUUACAUGGAAGGAGGGGAUAUAAGGGUGAGGAGACUGUUCUGUCGCACACAGUGGUAUCUGAGGAUUGACAAGCGAGGCAAAGUGAAGGGGACCCAGGAGAUGAAGAACAGUUACAACAUCAUGGAAAUCAGGACUGUGGCAGUCGGAAUCGUGGCAAUCAAAGGGGUGGAAAGUGAAUACUAUCUUGCAAUGAAUAAAGAAGGAAAACUCUACGCAAAGAAAGAAUGCAAUGAGGAUUGCAACUUCAAAGAACUAAUUCUGGAAAACCAUUACAACACGUACGCAUCAGCUAAAUGGACACACAGUGGCGGGGAAAUGUUUGUUGCCUUAAACCAAAAGGGGCUUCCCGUGAAAGGGAAGAAAACGAAGAAAGAACAAAAAACGGCCCAUUUUCUUCCUAUGGCAAUAACCUAAUCAUACGUGGUGUUUGAGAAACCAGUUUCAUUCAGCAGGGAGAUUUCUUUCCAGUGGACUUUUUUCUUCCUUCUUUUUCCUUACUUUCUCUUUCUCUCUUUUAAAGUAACCAAGAAAGGCUGGAAAACUACUGAAAACUGAUCAAGCUGGACUUGCGCAUUUUUGUUUAUUUUAAAAGACUGCAUUAAAGAAAGAGUUGAAGAAUAUACACAAAAAUCAGAUUUAGUAACUAAAGUUGUAAAAAGUUGUAAAAGUGGUUGUACAAUCAUGUUAGUAAUAGUGAUGUUUUUCUUAAAUUAAUUUACCCUUCAGAGUAUGUUAGAUUUGACUAUCUGAUAAUGAGUAUUUAAUAUCACUAUCUGCUUAUAAAAUGGCUGCUAUAAUAAUGACGAUGGUGAUGCAGAUGAUGUUAUAUAAGGUAUGUCAGACCUAACCCUGCUGGAAUGCUUGAGGAUCAUCAAGCCCACGCAAACUGUAGAGGACGAGCAGUGUUUGAGAGCUUUCCCGUAAGAGCUAGAAUCCAUGUCAGCUCUACUCAGAAAAGUGAGUGUUCUCGACAUCUUAUUAUAGAAUGGAAUCAACAGGGGGAUUUACAAAAUGACAGUACUGGAACAUACCUGUACUGAUUAACAUGAGAAAAGUCCUAAAUGCCACUCAAAUUGAAACGGUAUCGCUAACAGGAUGCUUAGAAAUCUGUAUAUAAAAUAGCAAUAAUGAUGAUAAUACUGUAUUUCAUCUCACCACAAAGUAACAUUUUAUAAUCCCUAAAAAUAAAAUUCCGAAAUCUUUAAUUCUUUUUCCAGUAACAUAUCUAUCUUUUGUGUAAUUCACAUUUGGGAACUCGACUUUUAAUUAUGUUCUUCCCACAAAUAAUUACGCUCCCUCCGCCCCUUCCCGUGGUUACAGCAUUAAACUCUACUUUAAGUUGUAUUUGAAUUUUAUUGUUUUGUUAUUUAAAUUUAUGUUAUUUAUAAAGAAAAAAACCUUAAGAAGCUGUUUCUGUUUCAUAUGCUUUUAAUUUCAAGGGAACAACAGAACGCCUGGCUGCACUGCAGCCUUCUCCUCCCCUGGUGACUGACACCAAGUCUAGCACACAGCACUUGGCUAGCAAGUGUUGGAUGCCGGACAAAAAUGACAGCCUGCAGCCAUGCUCACAAUAGAUGGCUCAGAGCGAAUGAUACAAAUAUGUGGGAAAGAGUUUGCCACAACAACUCUUGCCAAUGAAUUCGGAUCACAUCAGUAAAAGAAAGAAAGGAUUUUAGUCAGAAUGUAUUUUGAUACGUGGCAAUAAAGCAUGGUUUAGAAGUCCGUUUAAAGUCAGCAAUCUGAUAAUCUUUAGCAGUAUCUGCCAACAUUAAAGUGGGAAGAAAACAACCGCAUUGGAGGCUGUAGGCAGUGUGCAAGGCCCCAGACACCUUGAGGCUUCAGGUCAGGCCACAGACAACAGGCCUAACAGACAAGAUUCACUCCAUAGUUCUGCCACCAGCAGGUGCUGAUGAAACUGUAUGCAUGCUCACCAAGUUACUUAAACUGUUGGUAUAUUGUGAUAUCAACUUCAAAGCACUUAUUACUGAAGUUUCUUUAUGUUACAUAAAAUACUAUUUGGUAAUAUGCUUAUGAGUGAAGGUUAUAAGA